GGCCCUUCUCCUCCUCCUCUUCCUCUUCCGAAGAGCGGCCGUCGGCGGCCCCCCCCCCCGGUUCUCCGCGCCCUCGGGGGCUGGGCUCCGGCCAUGGAGCGGUGGGACCGGCGUCGUCGUCGUCGGGGGGCGUCGUCCGGCCUGCUGGAGGCUCUGCCGGCCUUGCCGUGGCGAAUGCUGCUGCUGCUGGUGCCGCUGCUGGCGGCGCGGGGCGCGGAGUCGACCACGGCGGAUGGCAAGGCGUGCGAGAAGCCCUGCGCCAACGGAGGACGCUGCCAGCCCAGCACCGGCCAGUGCGAGUGCCAGCCCGGCUGGGUGGGCGACCAGUGCCAGCACUGCGGGGGGCGCUUCCGGCUUACCGGAUCUUCAGGAUACGUAACGGACGGGCCGGGAAAUUACAAAUACAAAACAAAAUGCACGUGGCUUAUAGAAGGAAAGCCCAAUUCCGUCUUGAGGCUCCGGUUUAAUCACUUUGCAACCGAAUGCAGCUGGGAUCACCUCUACGUGUACGAUGGAGACUCCAUCUAUGCUCCGUUACUGGCUGCUUUUAGCGGCCUGAUCGUUCCCGAACGGGAGAGUAACGAGACGGUCCCCGAAGUCACGGCCACCUCCGGCUACGCACUCCUGCACUUCUUCAGUGACGCCGCCUACAACCUGACAGGGUUCAACAUCACCUACCACUUUAACGUCUGUCCCCAGAACUGCUCUGGCAGAGGGGAAUGCCGGCCUGUGAACGGCAGCCAAGCAGUGGAAUGUGAGUGUUGGGAACACUGGAAAGGAGAGGCCUGUGAUAUCCCCAACUGCCCGGAAGACUGUGGCUUUUCGGAAAGGGGUCAGUGCAGCGUGAACGGAACUCAGGGCUGCGUCUGUUACCCCGGUUGGCAAGGCGUCGACUGCUCAAUUCCCGUUCCAGCCAAUCGCUCCUUUUGGACCCGGGAGGAAUUCUAUAUCCCCAAACUCCCACGAGCGUCUCACAAAGCCGUCGUGCAAGGCAAGCUCAUGUGGGUGAUCGGUGGCUACAUGUUCAACCACACGGACUCUCAGAUGGUCUUGGCCGCCGUGGGGAUCAGAUAUGGGCAUUCAAUAGCCUUACACGAAAACAAAAUCUACAUGUAUGGAGGCAAGAUAGACGAAACCGGCAACGUAACCACGGAGCUCUGGGUCUUCCACAUCUCCAACCAUUCCUGGGUCCCCCUGUCGCCAAAGGCCAAGGAGCAGUACGCCGUGGUGGGCCACUCCGCCCACAUGGUCACCCUGCAGGACGGCGCGGCGGUGAUGCUGGUGCUCUUUGGGCAUUGCCCUCUUUACGGCUAUAUCAGCAGCGUGCAGGAGUACAAUCUCGCCACAAAUACAUGGAGCAUUUUACAAACCCGAGGGGCCCUGGUGCAAGGAGGAUAUGGCCACAGCAGCGUGUAUGAUGAAAACUCCAACGCCAUCUACACCCACGGGGGUUACAAGGCGUUCAGCGCUAACAAAUACAGGCUGACGGACGAUCUGUACAAAUACGAAGUUCGUAAGUACAAGUGGACCAUUCUGAAGGAGAGCCGGUUCUCCCGCUAUUUGCAUUCGGCCGUCAUCAUCAGCGGGGCCAUGCUGGUUUUCGGAGGGAACACCCACAACGACACCUCCAUGAGCCAGGGGGCCAAGUGCUUCUCUUCAGACUUCAUGGCCUACGAUAUAGCUUGUGAUCGUUGGGUGGUGCUUCCUCCACCUGAUCUCCCCCACGACAUCAACCGUUUCGGACACUCGGCUGUGCUGAGCAACAAGUAAGCGGCGGUGUACCUGGCCUUGGGGUGGAAAGUUGGUCGAAGUUUUCCUGCCACAUCAACACAAUUCAGGCGGUGGCUUCAGUUGAAAUGGCAGGGAGAGUGGCCCCGAGUGGCAGAUCUGCUACUGGUUGGCAUCCUUUGGGGCCGAGAAGUUAAGCCGUGUGGUCAGUCGGUCAGCAGCGGGUGGAGAUUAAUCACGGGAGGGUUUGACGGCUGCGGCCUGUUCUCUCUCUGCCUAGCUGUGGACCACGAAAAAUGUGACCAGAUCACCGACUGCUACAGCUGCAUGGCCAACACCAACUGGUGUCACUGGUGCACUGACCAGUGCCUGUCCAAGAACAGAAAUUGCUCGGAAGACCAGAGCCCCGUUACUUCCUUGGAAAGCUGCCCAAAGGACAACCCUGCUUUUUACUGCAACAAAAGAACCAGUUGCAAGAGCUGCAGCCUGGACCAGAACUGCCAGUGGGAAGCCCGCAAUCAGGAGUGCAUCGCUCUGCCUGAAAACAUCUGUGGGGCAACGUGGCACCUGGUGGGCAAUUCCUGCCUGAGAAUCACCAACACCAAAGACAGCUACGACAAUGCCAAGCUGGCUUGCAGGAGCCACAACGCGGCUCUGGCCUCCCUCACUUCGCAGAAGAAAGUGGAGUUCCUCCUGAAGGAGCUGCAGAAGACCCCGUCCUCGCCCAAAGCUUUGACCCCCUGGGUCGGGCUGCGGAAGAUCAACGUCUCGUACUGGUGCUGGGAAGACAUGUCCCCCUUUACCAACACCCUGCUCCGGUGGCUCCCGGGCGAGCCCAGCGACAUCGGCUUCUGUAGCUACUUAGCGGAGCCCAGCAACCAAGGCCUGAAGGCCGCCACCUGCAUCAACCUGGUCAACGGCAGCGUCUGCGAAAGGCCAGCCAACCACAGCGCCAAGCAGUGCCGCACUCCCUGCGGCCUGAGGACGGCGUGCAGCGAGUGCACCAGCAGCAACUCGGAGUGCAUGUGGUGCAGCAACAAGAAGCAGUGCGUCGACUCCAACGCCUACGUGGCCUCCUUCCCGUACGGCCAGUGCAUGGAGUGGCACACCGUCAGCAGCUGCCCACCUGAAAACUGUUCGGGCUACUUCACUUGCAGCCACUGCCUGGAGCAACCGGGGUGCGGCUGGUGCACGGAUCCCAGUAACACUGGGAAGGGCCGGUGCAUGGAAGGCUCUUCCAGAGCUCCGAUGAAGAUGCCGGCGGCCUCCUUGCCCUCGACGGGAAAACCUUACCCGGACCCGAUCCUGGAUGUCAGCCUGUGCCAGACGGAGAACAAAUACAACUGGUCCUUUAUCCAGUGUCCAGCCUGCCAGUGCAACGGGCACAGCAAAUGUGUCAACGAGAGCAUCUGCGAGCAGUGCGAGAACCUGACCACCGGCAAACACUGCGAGACGUGCAUCUCCGGUUACUAUGGAGACCCCACGAACGGAGGGACCUGCCAGCCCUGCAAGUGCAACGGCCACGCAUCCAUCUGCAACACCAACACCGGGAAGUGUUUCUGCACAACCAAAGGGAUCAAAGGAGAAGAAUGCCAGCUGUGUGAAGUCGAGAAUCGAUACCAGGGUAACCCUCUCAAAGGAACCUGCUACUAUACCCUUCUCAUCGACUAUCAGUUCACCUUCAGCCUCUCCCAAGAAGAUGAUCGCUAUUACACCGCAAUCAAUUUCGUGGCAACACCGGAAGAGCAAAACAGAGACCUGGACAUGUUUAUCAAUGCUUCGAAAAACUUCAACCUCAACAUCACUUGGUCGACAAGCUUUGCAGCUGGGACACAGGCCGGAGAGGAGAUUCCGGUGGUUUCAAAGAACCAGGUCAAGGAAUAUAAGGACAGCUUCUCCAAUGAGAAAUUCGAUUUCCGCAACAAUCCCAACAUCACUUUCUUCGUCUACGUCAGCAACUUCACCUGGCCCAUAAAAAUUCAGAUUGCAUUUUCACAGCACAGUAACUUUAUGGAUCUGGUGCAGUUCUUUGUCACGUUUUUCAGCUGCUUCUUGUCUCUGCUUCUGGUGGCUGCUGUGGUUUGGAAGAUUAAGCAAAGCUGCUGGGCAUCGCGACGGAGAGAGCAAUUACUCCGAGAGAUGCAACAGAUGGCCAGCCGCCCCUUCGCUUCCAUCAACGUCGCCUUGGAAACGGACGAAGCGCCCCCAGAUCUCAUCGGAGGUAGCAUUAAGAUGGUCCCCAAGCCCAUCGCCCUGGAGCCCUGUUUUGGCAACAAAGCGGCCGUCCUUUCCGUCUUCGUGAGGUUGCCAAGAGGCCUGGGUGGUAUCCCUCCACCUGGGCAGUCAGGUCUCGCGGUCGCCAGUGCGUUGGUGGACAUUUCACAACAACUGCCUAUCACCUACAAAGACAAGUCAGGUGGGGUACGAAAUAGGAAACAGCAACCUCCAGCCCAGCCCGGAACCUGUAUUUGAUGCAUGGACAUCAGAACUGCCUCUUUAGGAUUUUAAACCCAAGGUUAGCCCUCGGAGAAGGACCUCCAUUUUGUUUCGUUUUUGUUUCCAAAGGCCCCUGGAGGCCUCAAAGCACUUGAGAACAUCCAGACGUUCUUCUCGGCGUCGGCGCCACCGCUGCCUCGGUUGGUCCCGUCCCGCGCCCACUCCGUCUUAAACCGGCCCGAUCCUCUUCAACGCCGGGCGGCUCCAGUGUUUUCCGGUUGCUCCCCUUCGUCGGUUUUCGACCUUCCGUGGCGCGUCCUUCAGCAGACUUCUCCACCCACGAAGGUUGGCAUCAACCAGGAAGACGCCCACAAAAGACCGGUUUAUGGAACUUGACUUUUUGUCCCCUUCGAGGUUGUCUAAGGAAGAGCGUCGCCAAUACCGGUCAGUUGGUUGCUAGACGGCAAGAAUUCAGAAGAAGCUGUCUUCCCCGGGUUCUUGAUAAACCCAAGAUCUCUAUUUAUUUCUUCUAAGAACAAGCCUUGGAUUGCUGCCUCAGCGCAGUAGCAUUAUUUUUCUCCAAGUUCACGGUAUUAAAAUUUGGGGCCGAGCAGCACUUUACGGUUGAACUCUACCCCUUGUUUCCCUUU